AUGGGCGACAUUCCGGCGGGAAAUGCCGAAAACGGUAAGAAGCUGUUUAUUCAGCGAUGUUCUCAGUGUCAUACGAUUGAAAAAGGAUCAGGGCACAAAACAGGUCCGAAUCUUUUCGGCCUCAUAGGAAAAAAGACCGGUCAAGCUCCAGGGUUCAGUUACUCCGACGCUAACAAGAAUAAGGGCAUCACGUGGAGUCGUGAAACGCUGUUCAUCUACUUGGAAAACCCGAAGAAAUACAUGCCUGGAACAAAAAUGAUUUUCGCUGGGCUGAAGAAGGCCAAAGACCGUGCCGACCUGAUCGCCUAUAUAGAAAAAUAUCAAUAG